AUGAAGGUUAAUGCAUUGACAAAUAACAGGACUUCCAGAGCCUCCAAAUCAGUCUCAAGGCGGUGUGAAAUACAUUUCUAUGUUAUGCAUUUCAAUGUCACCAUUUUCACUGUACUCUUUAUCUUGCAGGUUACCACUGCUAAGACUGGUGUGUCUUUGUGCAGUGCUGGGAUACUGCUCUGUAGGUGAGUCUGUCCACAAUCUGGUUGCAUGUAAUCUUGACUCUAAUCAUCUCUCUCUUUAUCAAUUACAUUUUGUUUUGGUCUAGUAUAGUAUAUGAGUUCUAAAUAAACUAACUUCAUAAGUUUCUCUCUAUUCUAAUGCGCGCUUCUCUCUCCUCUUUCUCUCUUUCUCUCUAGUUGCUGAUCUGAGUGACUGUGAAGCGGUGGGAAGUAAAUGCCACGCCCACGCCGAGUGCCUCAAGGCUAAAGGCAAUAGCUUUGUAUGUGUGUGUCGGGUUGGCUACCACGGAGAUGGACUACUGUGUGAGGACAUUGACGAGUGUGUUACCGGCCUCCACGGCUGCCACCCAAAGGCCCGUUGCAACAACACACCGGGCAGCUACAGCUGUGUGUGUCUGGAUGGCUACUUCGGCGACGGAGUCCAAUGUGAGGAUGUCAACGAAUGCCAGACGAAGAAUGGUGGCUGCCACGCCAAUGCCCUCUGUACGAAUAGAGAAGGAGGGAGAGACUGCAAGUGCAAGGGAGGCUUCAAUGGCAAUGGGUUUCAGUGCACGGACAUUGACGAAUGCACAAACCGUGGCAUCUGCCAUUGGAAUGCCACCUGUACUAACAACCCCGGCUCCUAUGUGUGCACCUGUAACACAGGCUAUAAGGGCAAUGGGAACUACCUGUGUCUGGAUAUAGAUGAGUGUUCAGAGACUCCCGGUGUCUGCUCGGCCUCCUUUGGCUACAAAGGCUGUAAGAACCUGCCUGGAUCAUACCAAUGCAGCUGUAGUAUUGGCUACCAGAGCAAUGGACAAACCUGUGAGGACAUUAAUGAGUGUGCUGGUAACAUCUGUAGUCUCUAUGCUGACUGUGUCAACAUGCUGGGCUCGUACAGCUGCACCUGCUUUGAUGGAUUCAAUGGGAAUGGGGUGGCAUGCAGGGACAUCAAUGAGUGUAAUGGGGAGAAUACAUGUGACCCCAACGCUGCCUGUAUCAAUGUGCUGGGCAGCUAUGACUGCUCCUGCCGCUCCGGAUAUCUAGGGGAUGGAAGAGAGUGCACAGACAUCGACGAGUGCAUCACCCCUAACAUCUGCCCUGCUUCGGCCGCGUGCGUCAACACCAGAGGGUCAUUCUACUGCGACUGUGGCACGGGCUACAUCUUUAACAACUCCAAGUGCAUGGACCUGGAUGAGUGUGCCAUCGGGCGCUGUAGCCUCUUCUCCAACUGUGCCAACUUCCCGGGCUCUUUCACCUGUGAGUGCAGGGCAGGGUACAGGGGCAACGGCAUCACUUGUGAGGACUUGGACGAGUGCUCCUUGGCACAGCAGUGCCACUCCAAUGCCCUCUGCACCAACCUUGCGGGCACGUUCAACUGCAGAUGCCAGGUAGGCUACUCCGGGGAUGGGGUGAUCCAGUGUGCGGACGUGAACGAGUGUCUGGUGGACAACGGAGGCUGCCGGAAUAAAGCCACCUGCAUCAAUAGUAAAGGUUCCUUCACCUGUCUGUGUCCGCCCGGGUUCAACCUGGUCAACCGCACCAUAUGCCAGGAUAUAGACGAGUGCCAGGCCAUGGAGAAGCCAUGCUACAUCAAUGAGCGCUGCUCAAACACUGAGGGGGCGUAUAAGUGCCCCUGCCAGGUGGGCUUUGACCGCCCCACAGCGACCAAGGCCUGUACGGAUAUCGACGAGUGCAAAGUGGACAACCCCUGCCACGUCAAUGCCACAUGUUUGAACAUAGUGGGCUCCCAUACCUGUACCUGUAAGCAUGGAUUCAUAGGCAACGGCUCCAAGUGUGAGGAUGUGAACGAGUGUGCUGAAGAUGGCACAUGCCACUCACGGGCACAGUGUGCCAACGUGCCCGGGGACUUCUCCUGCUCCUGCCAGCAGGGUUUCUUUGGGGACGGCUUCUGGUGCCAGGAUGUGGAUGAGUGUGCCCUUUCCAACGCCGCCACCUGUCCCCCCAUCUCAAAGUGUGUCAACUCCCCCGGAGCCUACGUCUGUUCCUGUAUGAACGGCACAGUGGCCUAUAAUGACACCUGUGUGGCCCCCAGUCCCUGGUGUGCCCCUGCCUGCCACCGUCAUGGGCUCUGCCACCCCUCGCCCGCUGGCUUCCAGUGUGUGUGUGACAUAGGCUUUGAGGGGGAUGGACUCGCCUGCUCGGAUAUAGAUGAGUGUCAGGAGAAUGUGUGCCCCCAGAAUGAGACGGAGUGUGUGAAUAUCCCAGGCUCUUUUUCCUGUGUCUGCAAAGUGGGCUACAGACAAAACGGGACAAACUGCGUUGGUAAGAGGAUUUAAUCCGAAAAACUACCAGAACCACUCAAUAUUUCUCAAUAACCACUCAAUUGCAAAAUCCUAUCUUAUUUCUUCAAAAUCUGGAGUUACAUCUUUUUUAGAAUAGGGUGUACUGUAAAAUUGUAAAAUGUUGAUGUUGUUCAGGUGAUUCUCUCUCUCUCUUUCUUUCUUUCUUUCUUUCUUUCUUCUCAGACGUGGAAGAGUGUGUGUCUGGAGACAAGGAGUGCAGUGAGUUUGCCCGGUGUGUGAACACAGUAGGGAGCCACCUCUGUUUCUGUCUCAGUGGCUUCACUGGCGAUGGGAAGAAUUGUUCUGGUAAGCUUAACAUUUCUCUUAUCAUUUCUAUUAUCAGUAUACAUUACUUAACUCUGUUAAGACUGUUCAUGUAUACAGUACCUGCUCUACUUUUGUGUGGAUUCUCUUGUGAGCUUUCUUUUAGUAACUUGUGGGGCUGUUUUCCUGACACUGUCCCAUUUUGGAUGAAUUAUAGACAUUGAUGAGUGCCAAAGCCAAAAUGGAGGAUGCCACCCCAUUGCCAGCUGCUCAAACACUGCUGGAUCGCUCAACUGUACCUGCCCGUCUGGCACCGAGGGCACUGGCAUUGUGUGCCAGGAUGUUGACGAGUGUGCCGACAACUCCACCCAGCCCCACAACUGCAGCCGCCUGGCACAAUGCAACAACAUGAACGGUUCCUACCUCUGUCUGUGCCAGGAGGGGUACCAAGGGGAUGGGUUCGUCUGUGAGGACGUGGAUGAGUGUCUCUCACCCUCCACCUGUGGGGGGAACUUGACGUGCCACAACACCCCUGGGGGUUACAACUGCACCUGCAUCCUGAGCCUAGCCUAUGAAGCAGGCACGUGUGUGAGCGAGGAGAACUGCCUGAACGCCAGCAGUGUGUGCCACCCUCACGCAGGGUGCCACCCCACCCAGGGCUCCUUCUACUGCCACUGCCAGGAUGGUUUCCACGGCAACGGGAUGACCUGCUGGGACGUGGACGAGUGUAGGCAAUCGGGGCAGGAGUACUGCCCGGAGUUCUCCUACUGCUUCAACACAGAGGGCUCCUAUACGUGCGACUGUUGGGAUGGUUACCAGGACAAUGGGACACACUGCGUGGAUGUGGAUGAGUGUGAGGCGGGGAACUACACCUGUCCUGACAACAGCACCUGUACCAACACGGAGGGUAGCUACCGCUGCCACUGUGACCUGGGCUUCCUGGCUAGUAACAACUCUCAGUGUCUGGAUAUUGACGAGUGUGCCUUGGGGCUGGCGCAGUGCCCGAAUAUCUCAGAUUGCCAGAACACACCCGGCUCCUUUGUCUGUAACUGCUGGGACGGCUACCAGGGCAAUGGCACAGGCUGCCAGGAUAUCGACGAAUGCCUGGACAACUCCACAUGUCUUGAGAACAGCACCUGCGUCAACACCUAUGGCAGCUUCCUGUGCCCCUGUAACGUAGGAUUCCUCAGUAUGAAUGAUCGUUGUGAGGAUAUCGAGGACUGCUUGGACCCCGACUUCGGGCCACUUUGCACCAACGGAACAUGCAUGAACACCAUUGGUUCAUUCUUCUGCUUAUGCUACGAGGGCUUCUGGAGCAACGAUACUGAGUGUGUGGAUGUGGACGAGUGUUCUGAGGAGUAUUCCAACUCCUCCACCUCUGUCUGCCAGCCCUACUCCACCUGUGUCAACCUCCCUGGCUCCUACCAGUGUCCCUGUAAUAGUGGCUUCCUCCUGAACGGCACAGAUUGCCAGGAUGUAGACGAAUGUAGCGACCCAGAGGGCGCCCCCUGCCUGGAUCACUCCGUGUGCAAAAACACAAUUGGCUCCCUCCUGUGUCCCUGUGUGGACGGGUAUGAGCCAGGGGCACAAGGCAAUGACACAGUGUGCGAGGAUAUUGACGAGUGCCUCUUUAAUACCACAUGUCACGUUGACCAGGUGUGCACCAACUUGCCUGGGACGUACCACUGUGACUGUCCUGGGGGGUACCAUGAGGAUGUGGGAGCGUGUGUAGAUGUGGAUGAAUGUGGAAAUAGUAAUGGUGCAGAGGUGUGUCACCCCUUGGCGCGCUGUUGGAACACUCCAGGCUCCUACACCUGCCACUGCUCCCAGGGCCACGCGGGCAACGGCACCUGGUGCGAGGACGUGGAUGAAUGCUCCGUCCUGACGGCGCCCUGUCACAAACGCGCCCUCUGCUACAACACGCCUGGGUCAUUCCUGUGUGUGUGUCACCCAGGCCUCCUGGGCAUCGGGGCCCUGUGUGUGGACCUGGAUGAGUGCCAACAGAACAAAGGAGGAUGCCACUCUGCUGCCACCUGUUCUAACUCUGUGGGGGGGUUCCACUGCCACUGUGGCAGUGGCUGGGAUACCAGGGGGGAGAGAGGGGGGCAUGGGGGGAGAGGGUGUGUUGACCAGGAUGAGUGUGUGUCGCCCUCGGCAUGCCCCGCCCACACAUCCUGUAGAAACUACCCAGGGUCCUUCAACUGCUCCUGUGCCUCUAACAACACUGUCUGUACUGAGCUGGCCAAGGGUGGGCUACUCCUUCAUAAAGCUACACUGCAAACUAACUUUGUUCUGUGUUCUGUAUGUGGUUAGGGAAUUAGUGUCUCUGCAUGUAUGCUGAACACAUACCAAAUGUGUCUAGUGUAGUCAAGAUAAAUCAAAGUGCUAGCAGUGCACUUGAAGUAGUUGAAGUGCUAAAUAGUGUAACGAAAACUUGUUUACUUUUUCGAAUAUUCUUGCAGCAUAUAUAGUAAUUGGCAUUUUGCUGCAUAUUUUCUAUGUGUGAAAAGUGUAUCAAAAUGUCAUAAUUACAAUGAUGUAAUUCACAGAGAGUGAUUUAUACCCGUUUGGUGACGAGGUGGGAGAUAGAGGAGUGUGGUUGGACACAGAGGAUGGGAACUCUCCCUACAUCACACCACCAAUGGGUUUCCCCUUCAUAGGCAAGCUGUUUGAUCGUGUCUAUGUAAGUAUCCACAUCUUUACUCACAACUCUGAGACUGGCAACCCUGAACUGAAGACAGCAAGAUAAAUGAUUAGUACUAUUUUUAGUACAAUUCAACCGUUUUUUAUUAGAUGCAAGAGGAUGUACAUCACUGUAUCUUUUCUCUGAAAUGGCCUUUGCUGUGGACAUUUGGUAAAGCACUAUCUGCAAUAUUAAAACUGAUCUACCCCUCCCCCCCCAAACAACAACAACAACAAACAAAACAUGGAUAUAUGUGCAAAACUACAACGUAUAUAUUCACCAAAAUAAAAUGACCACCUUUGACAGAACUAAGGAAAAGCAAUAUUCUGUCACGACUUCCGCCGAGGCUGCCUCCCCUCCUUGUUCGGGCAGGUUUCGGCGUUCGUCGUCACCGGUUUACUAGCUACUGCCGAUCCCAUUCUCAUCACUCAACUUUCGUUUUGACGCUUGGUGCGUUUUAUUUAUGUAAACGGAACAAACUCUGGACUUCGGCGUUUUACCUCCUGUGAAUGAAGGAGUCAGGCGCAGGAGGUAAAACACCGAAGUCCAGAGUUUAUGCCGUUUACAUAAUGUCACGGCCCCUCCUCUGCAGUGCAGGGGCGGCUCCUCCUGCAGGCAGAGGAGGGUCGUUAGUGAUUGGAGUUGGUGUGAUUGGAGCCACCUGGGCUCAGGGUAUUUAAAACUGCUUCACUAACCACUCUCUCUCUCUGCUCCUCCAUGUAUGAUCCUGUUUUGUUUGUUCCUUUGUAGGUUUACUUAGUUUCCACUCAGUCAUGUUCAGACACACACAGAUUCAUGCAUCCAUGCACCUUACCUACAUUAUGACAUUUCCACACCUCAUUCCUUUUUCUUUGUUUAAAGUUAAUCGUUUUUGGUUUACAGUAAAGAACCUUUUGAUUGGCCUAUACCUGUUGUUCAUGUCCCCUCAUUUUUGCCACAGGCUAUGAGCCGGCCUGUGACAAGUGGGGGCCCCCCUGACCAAUCUGUUGAAGGCCAAGGCUGAAUUUAUCUGGUCCACUCAGUGUCAAGAGGCAUUUGAUGCAGUUAAGGCUCUUUUGUGUUUGGCACCUGUGUUAGUAGCACCACAUUUUGGGAAACCUUUCAAAUUGCAGGUAGAUGCCAGACAAAUUGGUGCUGGGGCUGUGCUUCUCCAGGAAAAUGAUGACAAUGUUGAGUGUCCAGUCAGUUUCUUUUCCCGGAAAUUUAAUAAGUAUCAGCAAAACUAUUCUGUAAUUGAAAAGGAGGCUUUAGGUCUACAUUUGGGCUUUACAGCACUUUGAGGUUUAUGUUGGUUCUGGUUUAACCCCUGUAACUGUGUUUACUGACCACAACCCACUUAUUUUUCUGAAGUCCCUGCAAAUCCGAACCAGCGCCUGAUGCGUUGGGCUUUGUUCUUGCAACCAUUCAACCUCGAUUAUUAGACAUAUUAGUGGUAAGGAUAAUAUCAUUGCUGAUGCUCUGUCCCGUGCUCCUUUAGCCUAGUUUGUAUUUUCUCUCUGCUGACCCCUGCGGGCUGUCUGCGCCUCUUCUCUUAAAUUGCUCCCCAGGUACCAGGGCUGCUGAGUUUGAGGACGGACAGUCAGCUAGGGGACACGGGGCUACUGUUAGAAGCCGGGACUGGUAUCAGUAUCUUUUUGGUUUUUGGGAGGAAUUUUGGAUUGUUUUAAAUAUGUUGGGUCGUAAUUUGGGUUGAGGGUAGGACCCUCAUUUUAAGGAGGGGGGUUUCACGGCCCCUCUGCAGUGCAGAGGCGGUUCCUCCUGCAGGCAGAGGAGGGUCGUUAGUGAUUGGAGUUGGUGUGAUUGGAGUCGCCUGGGCUCAGGGUAUUUAAAACUGCUUCACCACUCCUUUGUAGGUUUACUUAGUUUCCACUCAGUCAUGUUCAGACACACACAGAUUCAUGCAUCCAUGCACCUUACCUACAUUAUGACAUUUCCACACCUCAUUCCUUUUUCUUUGGUUUACAGUAAAGCACCUUUUAAUUGGCCUAUACCUGUUAUUCAUGUCCCCUCAUUUUUGCCACAGGCUAUGAGCCGCACCAAGCGUCAAAACUAAACUAACACAAGGGAAAUUCCACCUUGGCAUUAACAAAUGGAAGAGUAGCUCAACCGAGCUUCUCACAAUAAACACUCACAAAGACAAGGGGAACAGAGGGAACACUUAUACACAUACUAAUUAGGGGAAUGAGCACCAGGUGUGUGUGAUUGACAAGACAUGACAAGUGGAGUGAUGAGAAUGGGAUCGGCAGUAGCUAGGAAACUUGCCCGAACAAGGAGGGGAGGCAGCCUCGGCAGAAGUCGUGACAUAUUCAAAGAAGCCAACAGAUUGGUUCUACAGUACAGUAUAAAGCCAGACUUGGAAAGACUUAAGGCCUUUAUCAUCAUAUUCUACCACAAUAUUCAAAUGUAUAAUAUGACAACACUAUCAAAGAUGUGUACCAUUACACUGACAAUCUGCUUGAUCAAAUUGUCUUUCCAAAUGUUAUAGUAAAGGACAAAUCAGAAUAGUUUUGACUAGAAUGCAUGUUUCAUGCGACAUACUGUAGGUUUGGCAAUUCAUAUAUUUUUUUUAUAAAAAAAUAAAUAAAACAUCUCUGGCUUAGUUCUCAGAUAAUGGACUCAUCCAGUUCCAGUCGAUCAGUCAGAACGAGCAGUUCCUGCUUCCUGUCCCUUUCCCUAAGGGUUUCCGUGGCAACGAGAGCCUGGCAAUGCUGGCCGUGUUCUGGGACGAUGUUGAUCUCACCCUCGGGGAGGGGAAGCUGUUCUAUCAGGUGAGAGGUCAAGGGUUAGUUGUGAAAGGUGAGGGGUGAGUUUGGGUCAGAGUGGAGUUAAAGUGGGGAUGACAGUCAUUGGACGAAUCUCAUCUCAUCUGAAUUAGUUUCUCUCUCCUAGGAAUACCACAAGCUGAAUUUGUCAGAUAGAUAUUCCCAAAUUGUCUUCAACCGUACAGCGGAGGAUGUGACACGGUUUGAGGAACAGAACGGCAAACCUGCGUUCACCCCAGCCUGGAUUCUAAAGAUCACCUGGGAUCAUGUGAUGGCUGUCUCCUAUCAGAAAAUCAACCUCUCUGAGGUAUUGGUUCAAUGUUCAAUGUCCCAAUCAUGUCAACCUCCGAUAGAGGCGUAUACUGUAGGUGUCUAUUGGCGCUAAACAUAAUUGCACGUCUAGCAGGAAAGUGGGUUAUUGGAUGGUACAGGGUGUGGUAUUGUUUGCUCGGAUGUCUGUCCUAGUUUAGCAUCCAUUGUUACUCAAGUGUUAGCUGGGAGAGUGUAACCUACCUGAUGAAUCAGUCCUCACAUAUAAUUUCUCUCCCCAUCUUUUUGUUCUUGUGGUGCCACCUUGUGGUCGGUUCCAGACUAACACCUUCCAGUGCAUCCUGACUACGGACGGGGAGCGCUCCUUUGCCUUGCUACGCUUCGGGGAGAUGCACUGGAGUCCUGGCCAGAGGAUCCACCAUGACGCCCUCACAGGCUACACCGAUGGUGGAGCCCACUUUUUCAACGAGACCACAAAUUCAACAAAUCUGUUUGGCCCAGGGGGGCGGUAUAGGCCUCAGGAGGUGAGGGGGAACACAGGUCAGCUUGGUCAGCUGGUGUAUGACCUGACAGGGCCCACAGAGCGCGAACAGGACCCCAAGAUGAGGUGCCAGGUGUGGGCCAUAAAGGAGCCUGAGCCAACGGAGUGGGCCAAGGGGGUGCCGUCGUGCCCCUGUACCCACGCCCAAGCACUGGAGGACCUGGCCUUCGGGUCUGAGACUCUCCCCCCCAACCAGCAGGAUCGGGUACGGGUGAGGGAGCUACGGGGGCUGCGCUGGGGGGGCAGUGGGGGUUAUGUAUUCCAGUCCAUCCUGUCCAAUCGGCACGGCUCAGGGAAGAGAUGUGUGUAUGACCAACAAGGUCCCCUGUUGGCUGGAUACAGCGAGCGCUACUUCUCUGGAGCCACUGCACAGAAACACAUAGGUAACGUCUCAUUUGCGUCAAAUAGUGAAAGCUCAACCUGCCAUUCGGAAUGCUGUUACAUCAAUAAUGCCAUUCAUUGAUGUAAUCACCAAUUGCUUGUCUUUUAAACUAGCAAACUCAUCCUUAUUGCCUGUUGUCAUCUUAUUUCUCUCCUUCCAUCUCUAGAUGAGGAUCUCCUUCCGUUCCAGUGGUGUUGUAUCCAGUCCUCUCUAUGCCACCUCUAUCUGGCCAAGAGACCCCUGGACCGUUGCCAAGGUUACGGCUGGGUGAGCCCCAACUGCUGCAUAACAGCGGUCAAGGCAACACAGGGCAUUGGUGAGAGCUUACCUCUACUCAGAGGAAUGGGGGUCAUUUACUUUCAACUCCUGUCAACUCAUUGAAUUAAUUAUUAUAUACUCACAGAAUAUACUCUAUUAUAAACUGGGUGGUUCGAGCGCUGAAUGCUGAUUGGCUGACAGCCGUGGUAUAUCGUAUACCACGGGUAUGACAAAACAUGUAUUUUUAAUGCUCUAAUUACGUUGGUAACCAGUUUAUAAUAGCAAUAAGGCACCACAGAGUUUGUGAUAUAUGGCCGAUAUACCACGACUAAGGGCUGUAUCCAGGCAUUCCGCGUUGCAUUGUGCGUAAGAACAGCCGAUAGCCGUGGUAUAUUGGACAUAUACCACACCUCCUCAGGCAUUAUUGCUUAAUCAUACAUCAUUUUGUCACUGUUUGUCAAUGAUAUAUAGCCCACAUGUUUGGUCCCAUUAUGUGAUAGUAGACAGAUCCUUCACUGUAUGCCUGUGUGCUUGUACCCCUCAGUGUAAAUGAGUGUAAAUGUACUGUAUAAAGUCUUGGUUAGUGAAUUGUUUCCUUCUCAUACAGUAUAUACCUGUUUUGUCUACAGGCAUGGUGUACGGCAGCCUUCAUUUCAUCACCUUCGAUGGGACUGAGUACUCCUUCAAGGCCCUCGGCGAGUUUGUCAUUGUGCGCCUCUCCUCCUACACGGGCUCCAAUAUCUUCACGCUGCAGGGUGAGACGUGCGAGCUGGAGACAGACGGACAGGCCAGACGGGUCCCCACGGUGGUGAGGAUGGCUGCCUUUCACCAGGGCAUCGGCAAGGUCAGUGCGGUGUGUGUGUGUGUGUGUCUUAUGGGUUGUAUUAUGGGCUGUAGAUCUCAUGUGGUUGAUUAUCCUUACCUCUGUGUGAAUGUGUGUGUGUUCAGGUUGAGUGGCGGUGUGCAGAGUCAGGAGAGGGACUGGAGGUCCUGGUGGAUAAUGUGGAGGUCCCAGUCUUUGUCGGUAAGAAAUCAAAAUAGUACACAGGCCUACACUUGGCCUACCAUAACAAACAUGGCACAGAAACAGGAAGAUUACUAUUCAACCUUUUACUAUUAUUCCACCAGACUAGACAAUGCAAUUUAGGAAUAUAGUAAAUCUCUAUACAAUUUUACAAACUACCUGGAACAUCAUUCUCCAAACCUUGUUACAUACAAUAUUACAGUAGCGUCUUCUUCUUCUAUGAUAUAAUGGCGGUCCGCAAACAAACGUUAAAGGUGCAUGCUGCCACCUACUGUGCCGGAGUGUGUGGUCAAUCACAGUUUACAACAUUAGCUCCACAUUUCUAAAUCCUCCUACCUAACUCUGUACUUCUGAGAAAAUAAAAAAGAUCCCUACUAACUUCUAAAAUACCCUCCCCCAUCCCCAAAAUCCAUUCCAAACCCCCGCCAACCCCGUCCAACCUCAACGACCCUACACUUCAAAUCUGUCCCUCUCUUCAACGUACAGUGAGGGAAAAAAGUAUUUGAUCCCCUGCUGAUUUUGUACGUUUUCCCACUGACAAAGAAAUGAUCAGUCUAUAAUUUUAAUGGUAGGUUUAUUUGAACAGUGAGAGACAGAAUAACAACAUAAAAAUCCAGAAAAACGCAUGUCAAAAAUGUUAUAAAUUGAUUUGCAUUUUAAUGAGGGAAAUAAGUAUUUGACCCCCUCUCAAUCAGAAAGAUUUCUGGCUCCCAGGUGUCUUUUAUACAGGUAACGAGCUGAGAUUAGGAGCACACUCUUAAAGGGAGUGCUCCUAAUCUCAGCUUGUUACCUGUAUAAAAGACACCUGUCCACAGAAGCAAUCAAUCAGAUUCCACUCUCCACCAUGGCCAAGACCAACGAGCUCUCCAAGGAUGUCAGGGACAAGAUUGUAGACCUACACAAGGCUGGAAUGGGCUACAAGACCAUCGCCAAGCAGCUUGGUGAGAAGGUGACAACAGUUGGUGCAAUUAUUCGCAAAUGGAAGAAACACAAAAUAACUGUCAUUCUCCCUCGGCCUGGGGCUCCAUGCAAGAUCUCACCUCGUGGAGUUGCAAUGAUCAUGAGAACGGUGAGGAAUCAGCCCAGAACUACAUGGGAGGAUCUUGUCAAUGAUCUCAAGGCAGCUGGGACCAUAGUCACCAAGAAAACAAUUGGUAACACACUACGCCGUGAAGGACUGAAAUCCUGCAGCGCCCGCAAGGUCCCCCUGCUCAAGAAAGCACAUAUACAGGCCCGUCUGAAGUUUGCCAAUGAACAUCUGAAUGAUUCAGAGGAGAACUGGGUGAAAGUGUUGUGGUCAGAUGAGACCAAAAUCGAGCUCUUUGGCAUCAACUCAACUCGCCGUGUUUGGAGGAGGAGGAAUGCUGCCAAUGACCCCAAGAACACCAUCCCCACCGUCAAACAUGGAGGUGGAAACAUUAUGCUUUGGGGGUGUUUUUCUGCUAAGGGGACAGGACAACUUCACCGCAUCAAAGGGACGAUGGACGGCGCCAUGUACCAUCAAAUCUUGGGUGAGAACCUCCUUCCCUCAGCCAGGGCAUUGAAAAUGGGUCGUGGAUGGGUAUUCCAGCAUGACAAUGACCCAAAACACACGGCCAAGGCAACAAAGGAGUGGCUCAAGAAGAAGCACAUUAAGGUCCUGGAGUGGCCUAGCCAGUCUCCAGACCUUAAUCCCAUAUAAAAUCUGUGGAGGGAGCUGAAGGUUCGAGUUGCCAAACGUCAGGCUCGAAACCUUAAUGACUUGGAGAAGAUCUGCAAAGAGGAGUGGGACAAAAUCCCUCCUGAGAUUUGUGCAAACCUGGUGGCCAACUACAAGAAACGUUUGACUUCUGUGAUUGCCAACAAGGGUUUUGCCACCAAGUACUAAGUCAUGUUUUGCAGAGGGGUCAAAUACUUAUUGUCCUCAUUAAAAUGCAAAUCAAUUUAUAACAUUUUUGACAUGCUUUUUUCUAGAUUUUUUUGUUAUUCUGUCUCUCACUGUUCAAAUAAACCUACCAUUAAAAUUAUAGACUGAUCAUGUCUUUGUCAGUGGGCAAACGUACAAAAUCAGCAGGGGAUCAAAUACUUUUUUCCCUCACUGUACUUACAACAAUAUAACACAUGCUCCGCCCUUUCCUCACAUGCUUGCCAAACAGAUGUAAUGAGGAGUUCAAUGUACAAUGUCCUAGGCAUAAUCGAACAAACACCACCUCUUCCUUCCUAAUCUGACCUUUGAAUCUUGGUCCAUCAACCUUUUUUUGGAGGGCAUAUAAAUGCCGGCCCUUGGGCUCAGAGUUCCAUCUCUUCUGCCACACAUCUAUAAAAAUGGCUCUGAUCUUACAUUUGUCCUCACCUCUACCCAGUGGAAGAUGAAUAUGAAUUAUAUGGCUAUCUGGUCUACAAUUUCAUUCCCUUCCACACCCGAACGGGCUGGGACCCAGCAAAUUACAGUAGCAAUAGAAUGCAAUCCUCAUAUCCCCUUGAGAUGAUAUAACAGUGCCCUCUGCUGUCCUUGCAGGUGUGGUGCACAUGGGCAAGGAGGGUUUUGCGGUGCGCUGCACCUCGGUCAGUAGCUGUGCGGCAGUGUACGCCGGGGGGCUCCACGUGGUGGUGUGGAGGGUGGAUGGAGGUGGUGGUGGACAGCAGUUGGCUGUCCUGGUGGAGGUCCCCCAGACCUUCUACAACCGCACCGUGGGCCUGCUGGGCUUCUGGAGCUCCAACCGCACUGAUGACUUCCUGCAGUCUGACGGGAAGCUGAUGAUCUCCCCCAAGAACAACCCUCCCCCGGAGGAGAGCCUGCGCCACUUUGGCCUUUCCUGUGAGUGAGGCUUAAGUCAAUAAGUCACAUUAAGGAGUUGGAGGCACAUUGAAUGUCAAUACGAACAUACCACUUAAAAUGCAUGUACAAUACAUUGCUUCAUUCUAGGUAGCAUGCUAGUGUAGUCUCUCUCCCCUAAUUCACAUAUAGUGUAUCAUGCAGAUUAAGUACCUCUAACUCCACUCAUGUAUUAGUAGCCAUUCACAGACGUUGCUAGGUGUUUAAAGGAGCGGUCUUUCACCCUUUCUAUAACGACACAGGAGGCAGAUGGUUCGAGUCGCUGAUAUUUAUUAAAAUACAAGAGGCAGCUCGAGGACAGGCAGAAGUUCAUUAACCAGGUCAGAGUCCGAAAGGUACAGGGCGGCAAGCAGGCUUGAGGUCAGGGCGGGCUGAAUGGUCAGGUAGGCUCGAGGUCAGGGCGGGCUGAAUGGUCAGGCAGGCUCGAGGUCAGGGCAGGCUGAAUGGUCAGGCAGGCGGGCUUAGUGUCAGGGCAGGCUGAAUGGUCAGGCAGGCUCGAGGUCAGGGCGGGCUGAAUGGUCAGGCAGGCUCGAGGUCAGGGCGGGCUGAAUGGUCAGGCAGGCGGGCUUAGUGUCAGGGCAGGCAGAAAAGGUCGGAACCGGGAGGGCUUGAAAACAGAGACUAGGCAAAACAGGAGUACGGAAAAACACACUGGUAGGCUUGACAUAACAAGACAAACUGGCAACAGGCAGACAGAAGACACUGGUAUAAAUACACAGGGAAUACUGGGAACAAAUGGGAGACACCUGGUUGGGGGGUGGAGACAAGCACAAGACAGGUGAAAGAUCAGGGUGUGACACUUUCAGCCUUGGUCUGAUAAGUGGGUACCAAUUCACACAGAGCCCCUCGUGUCUAAUCUAAUGUCAAAUAUGGUGAGAUAUCUUGAGGGUUCUGACUGAUGUUGUCAUGUGUUCCAUAGGGGCUGUGCCUGUUCCAGAGACCCUGCUCUUCUCCAACCCGCCCUCUGAUCGGUUUACUCCAGCCUCUACAGAGGAGCUGAUGUCAGUGAGUCCAGCUGUACAAGACAGGCUGAGGAGGACAUGUCAGGGCAGUUUGCAGUGUGUUCAUGACAUCCUGGCUUCUAACGACACUGACCUGGGUUUGCAGAGUCUGAAGUCUCAGGAGCUGUACCACAAGCUGGCUAUGGUGUUUGGUGAGUCAACUGUUACGUUAGCCAAAGGUCUAAGACUGUUGGCCCUUCCUCUUUGAGUCACAUACUGUGUGCUCUGGGUAAAAGUUGCCCCCUGGACAAAGAUCUAGGAUCAGCUUACCCUCCCCAAUUACAGAGUCUAAUCUUAAAUAUUAGCCUAGUUGGGCUAAUUUAGGGGGGUAAACACAAACCUUAGAUCAGCGUGUUUCAGUGGUGUAAAAAUACUUUAAAGUACUACUUAAGUCGUUUUUUUGAUGGAUAUGAACUUUCCUUUACUAGACUACAUUCCUAAAGAAAAUAAUGUACUUUUUACUCCAUACAUUUUCCCUGACACCCAAAAGUACUCGUUAUAUUUUGAAUGCUUAGCAGGACAGGAAAAUGGUCCAAUUCACGUACUUAUCAAGAAAACAUCCCUGGUCAUCCCAACUGCCUCUGAUCUGGUGGACUCACUAAACACAAAUGCUUCGUUUGUCAAUUAUGUCUGAGUGUUGGAGUGUACCCCUGGCUAUCCGUUUUAAAAAAAAUGUAACUAGAAAAUGGUGCCGUCUGGUUUGCUUAAUAUAAGGAAAUUUGAAAUUAUUUUUAGUUUUGAUACUUAAGUAUAUUUAAAACCAAAUACUUUUUUUACUUUUACUCAAGUAGUAUUUUACUGGAUGACUUUCACUUUUACUUGAGUCAUUUUCUAUUAAGGUAUCUUUACUUUUACUCAAGUAUGACAGUUGGGUACUUUUUCCACCACUGGCCUGUAUGUGCAACUUCAUCCUACUCCACCGCAUUCUGCCAUCCGCUCCGUAAGAAUUCAUUGAAUGCAGUGUAGUGGUGAUUGAGGUCAAUUGACAUGCUUCUCUAUAGGUCUGGGGUAUUCAACUCUUACCCUAUGAGGUCCGGAGCCUGCUGGUUUUCUGUUCUACCUGAUACUUAAUUGCACCCACCUGGUGUCCCAGGUCUAAAUCAGUCCAUUAUUAAAGGGGAACAAUGAAAAAAAGCAGUGGAACUGGCUUCGAGGUCCAGAGUUGAGUUUGAGGGCAUAAGUCAUUGACAUGCUUCAAUUUCUCUCCUAUGUAGGGAACAUGCCUCCCAUCGUGACUGAGCCCACAGUGAUCCGCUGUAAGGUCAAAUCCACUGUUCGCGUGCAGAUCAGCGCUCAAGACGCCAACCUAGACCCUAUAAGCUUCUCACUGCUCUUCCCCAGACCACCACAAGCAUCUGUUGGAAAAAGUGAGCUACAAACACCCACACACCCACACGCAUGCACACAUGUACACACACGCACACAUGCAACCACCCCUCUUGGCGAAGUUACCUAUAAUUCAUUAAUGUGUCUCUCCCUAUAGGUGAUGGCAUAUUGACCUGGACACCACUCAACAUCCAGCCUGUCUACCUGACCAUCAGAGUUGAUGACCAGCUUUUCAGCUCUCAGUUCACUCCCAUCCUGCAGAUGUGCAACUGCCUCAAUGGUGGCACCUGCCAAUAUGACAGCAUAGUGGACAACCAUCUGCAGGGGAAAUUUCAGGUAAACAAACAUACAGACAGACUGACUGACAGACAAAACAGUAAGGGGAGUAUUUCUAUAUGGACUUGUGUGUUUUCUCCCAGAGCGCAAUAUAAACUAGUCUUGUGUUUUGAGUGUGAGAUGAUAUUCUCAUGCCGAUCAACUCACACACCUUUUGUGCCUUGUCCUCCCAGGUGGUAGGGUGUCUGUGCCCUAAGGGGUUCAGUGGGAAAUUCUGUGGGAAUACCACCGACGUGUGUAAAGGGAACCCUUGCUUCCCAGGAGUACAGUGCCAGUCCCAGUCUCAAUCCCAGGGAGAGCCAGACCAGUUCACCUGUGGAGAGUGCCCCUCACCCACCAUCUACAGGGACAAGCAGGGAUACAAGUGCUUUGAAAAUGGCUAGUAUACUUUGGAUAACAAGGGUUGUGUUCAUUAGGCACUAAACGGGAGAGAAAACAGGGAGGGACUACCUGCUCAUUUUCCGUUGCGUGCCCUAAUGAGCACUACUCAGCUAGCAACUUCUUUACCUGCAUUCAGGAAAUUAUUCAUUACUACUAGUCAGGAGUUUUUCCUCAUCCAGAAACUCCUGGCCCUAUUCAUUACCAUUGAGCUGUCCUCAUUCAUGUUUCUCAUUCUUUUCCUCUCAGACUUCUGCCUCCCUCCCUUCCCCUUUCCCUGUCACACGAUGGCCAACUGCCUCAGCUCAGGGUACAACUACACCUGCAGGUGCAAGCCUGGCUUUACUGGGGACGGACGCAACUGCACAGGUACUGACCCUUGACCUCUGACAUAAACAUACUGUGUUGUAGCAAAGUCAGGGGGUAGUCCUAACCGAUGCUUGAACCCGGGACUUUGCGACUGUCAAGCCAACACCAUAACUUUUACGCCAAGAGAUCCAAACCUCUCGACGACGUAGUAGGUGUUGGGUUAAGGUCACUGAAGUAUACAUACAGUUGAAGUCUGAAGUUUACAUACACUUAGGUUGGAGUCAUUAAAACAUUGCACGUCUUUCAACCACUCCACAAAUUUCUUGUUAACAAAGUAUCGUUUUGGCAAGUCAGUUAGGACGUCUACUUUGUGCAUGACACAAGUAAUUUUUCCAACAAUUGUUGAUUAUUUCACUUAUAAUUCACUGUAUCACAAUUCCAGUGGGUCAGAAGUUUACAUUCACUAAGUUGACUGUGCCUUUAAACAGCUUGGAAAAUUCCAGAAAAUGAUGUCAUGGCUUUAGAAGCUUCUGAUAGGCUAAUUGACAUCAUUUGAGUCAAUUGGAGGUGUACCUGUGGAUGUAUUUCAAGGCCUACCUUCAAACUCAGUGCCUCUUUGCUUGACAUCAUGGGAAAAUCAAAAGAAAUCAGCCAAGACCUCAGAUUAAAAAAAAUUUUUUAGACAUCCACAAGUCUGGUUCAUCCUUGGGAGAAAUUUCAAAACGCCUGAAGGUACCACGUUCAUCUGUACAAACAAUAGUACGCAAGUAUAAACACUAUGGGACCACGCAGCCAUCAUACCGCUCAGGAAGGAGACGCGUUCUGUCUCCUAGAGAUGAACGUACUUUGGUGCGAAAAGUGCAAAUCAAUCCCAGAACAACAGCAAAGGACCUUGUGAAGAUGCUGGAGGAAACACGUACAAAAGUAUCUAUAUCCACAGUAAAACGAGUCCUAUAUCGACAUAACCUGAAAGGCUGCUCAGCAAGGAAGAAGCCACUGCUCCAAAACCGCCAUAAUAAAGCCAGACUACGGUUUGCAACUGUACAUGGGGACAAAGAUAGUACUUUUUGGAGAAAUUUUCUCUGGUCUGAUGAAACAAAAAUAAAACUGUUUGGCCAUAAUGACCAUCGUUAUGUUUGGAGGAAAACGGGGAGAGCUUGCAUGCCGAAAACACCAUCCCAACCGUGAAGCACCGGGGUGGCAGCAUCAUGCUGUGGGGGUGCUUUGCUGCAGGAGGGACUGCUGCACUUCACAAAAUAGAUGGCAUCAUGAGGAAGGAAAAUUAUGUGGAUAUAUUGAAGCAACAUCUCAAGACAUCAGUUAGGAAGUUAAAGCUUGGUCGCAAAUGGGUCUUCCAAAUGGACAAUGACCACAAGCAUACUUCCAAAGUUGUGGCAAAAUGGCUUAAGGACAACAAAGUCAAGGUAUUGGGGUGGCCAUCACAAAGCACUGACCUCAACCCUAUAGAAAAUUUGUGGGCAGAACUGAAAAAGCAUGUGCGAGCAAGGAGGCCUACAAACCUGACUCAGUUACACCAGCUCUGUCAGGAGGAAUGGGCCAAAAUUCACCCAACUUAUUGUGGGAAGCUUGUGGAAGGCUACACAAAACGUUUGACCCAAGUUAAACAAUUUAAAGGCAAUGCUACCAAAUACUAAUUGAGUGUAUGUAAACUUCUGACCCACUGGGAAUGUGAUGAAAGAAAUAAAAGCUGAAAUAAAUCAUUCUCUCUACUAUUAUUCUGACAUUUCACAUUCUUAAAAUAAAGUAGUGAUCCUAACUGACCUAAGACAGGGACUUUUUAAUAGGAUUUAAUUUCAGGAAUUGUGAAAAACUGAGUUUAAAUGUAUUUGGCUAAGGUGUAUGUAAACUUCCGACAUCAACUGUACAGUCGUGGUCAAAAGUUUUGAACGACACAAAUACUAAUUUUCACAAAGUCUGCUGCCUCAGUUUUGAUGAUGGCAAUUUGCAUAUACUCCAGAAUGUCAUGAAGAGUGAUCAGAUGAAUUGCAAAGUCCCUCUUUGCCAUGAAAAUGAACUUAAUCCCCAAAAAACAUUUCCACUGCAUUUCAGCCCUGCCACAAAAGGACCAGCUGCCAUCAUGUCAGUGAUUCUCUCGUUAACACAGGUGAGAGUGUUGACGAGGACAAGGCUGGAGAUCACUCUAUGCUGAUUGAGUUAGAAUAACAGACUGGAUGCUUUAAAAGGAGGGUGGUGCUUGAAAUCAUUGUUCUUCCUCUGUUAACCAUGGUUACCUGCAAGGAAACACGUGCCGUCAUCAUUGCUUUGCACAAAAAGGGCUUCACAGGCAAGGAUAUUGCUGCUAGUAAGAUUGCACCUAAAUCAACCAUUUAUCGGAUCAUCAAGAACUUCAAGGAGAGAGGUUCAAUUGUUGUGAAGAAGGCGUCAGGACCGUCUCCUAAAGUUGAUUCAGCUGCAGGAUCGGGGCACCACCAGUGUAGAGCUUGCUCAGGAGUGGCAGCAGGCAGGUGUGAGUGCAUCUGCACGCACAGUGAGGCGAAGACUUUUGGAGGAUGGCCUGGUGUCAAGAAGGGCAGCAAAGAAGCCACUUCUCUCCAGGAAAAACAUAAUGGACAGACUGAUAUUCUGCAAAAGGAACAGGGAUUGGACUGCUGAGGAUAAAGUCAUUUUCUCUGAUGAAUCCCCUUUCCGAUUGUUUGGGGCAUCCAGAAAACACCUUGUCCGGAGAAGACAAGGUGAGCGUUACCAUCAGUCCUGUGUCAUGCCAACAGUAAAGCAUCCUGAGACCAUUCAUGUGUGGGGUUGCUUCUCAGCCAAGGGAGUGGGCUCACUCACAUUUUUGCCUAAGAACACAGCCAUGAAUAAAGAAUGGUACCAACACAUUCUCCGAGAGCAACUUCUCCCAACCAUCCAAGAACAGUUUGGUGACUACCAAUGCCUUUUCCAGCAUGAUGGAGCACCUUGCCAUAAGGCAAAAGUGAUAACCUAAAUGGAUCGGGGAACAAAACAUCGACAUUUUGGGUCCAUGGCCAGGAAACUCCACAGACCUUAAUCCCAUUGAGAACUUGUGGUCGAUCCUCAAGAGGCGGGUGGACAAACAAAAACCCACAAAUUCUGAUAAACUCCAAGCAUUGAUUAUGCAAGAAUGAGCUGCCAUCAGUCAGGAUGUGGCCCAGAAGUUAAUUGACAGCAUGCCAGGGCGGAUUGCAGAGGUCUUGAAAAAGAAGGGUCAACACUGCAAAUAUUGACUCUUUGCAUAAACUUAAUGUAAUUGUCAAUAAAAGCCUUUGACACUAUGGAAUGCUUGUAAUUAUACUUCAGUAUACCAUAGUAACAUCUGACAAAAAUAUCUCAUAACACUGAAGCAGCGAACUUUGUGAAGACCAAUACCACGACUGUAGAUGUUGGAACAUUGCUGCAGGGACUUGCUUCCAUUCAGCCACAAGAGCAUUAGUGAGGUCAGGCACUGAUGUUGGGCGAUUAGGCCCGCAGUCAGUGUUCCAAUUCACCCCAAAGGUGUUCGAUGGGGUUCAGGUCAGGGCUCUGUGCAGGCCAGUCAAGUUUUUCCACACCGAUCUCGACUAACCAUUUCUGUAUGGACCUCGCUUUGUGCACAGGGGCAUUGUCAUGCUGAAACAGAAAAGGGCCUUCCCCAAACUGUUGCCACAAAGUUGGAAGCACAGAAUUGUCUAGAAUGUCAUUGUAUGCUGUAGCGUUAAGAUUUCCCUUCACUGGAACUAAGGGGCCUAGCCCGAACCAUCAAAAACAGCCCCAGACCAUUAUUCCUCCUCCACCAAACUUUACAGUUGGCACAAUGCAUUCGGGCAGGUAGCGUUCUCCUGGCAUCCGUCAAACCCAGAUUCAUCCGUCGGACUGCCAGAUGGUGAAGCGUGAUUCAUCACUCCAGAGAACGCGUUUCCACUGCUCCAGAGUCCAAUGGCGGUGAGCUUUACACCAUUCCAGCCGACGCUUGGCAUUGCGCAUGGUGAUUUUAGGCUUGUGUGUGGCUGCUCGGCCAUGGAAACCCAUUUCAUGAAGCUCCAGACAAACAGUUAUUGUGCUGACGUUGUGUGGACAGAUUAUUUUUACGCUCUGCGCGCUUCAGCACUCGGCUGUCCCGUUCUGUGAGCAUGUGUGACCUACCACUUCGCGGCUGAGCCGUUGUUGCUCCUAGACGUUUCCACUUCACAAUAACAGCACUUACUGUUGACCAGGGCAGCUCUAGCAGGGCAGACAUUUGACGAACCGACUUGUUGGAAAGGAGGCAUCCUAUGAUGGUGCCACGUUGAAAGUCACUGAGCUCUUCAGUACGGGCCAUUCUACUGCCAGUGUUUGUCUAUGGAGAUUGCAUGGCUGUGUGCUCGAUUUUAUACACCUGUCAGCAACGGGUGGGGCUGAAAUAGCCGAAUCCACAAAUUUGAUGAGGUGUCCACAUACAAAGUGUAUCUUUGAGCCAUAUUGCAGUUGUUUUCUGAAGAGAUGACAGUACAUAAUGGUAAUAUUCCUUCUGAUUCAGACAUAAAUGAGUGCCUGGACCCCUCGGCCUGUCGUAACGCCAAAUUUGAGUGUGUGAACACGCCAGGGUCUGUCCGAUGCUCCUGUCGCUACCAGAGCACUGAGGAAACCAAUGGCUGUGGUACGUAAACAGAAUGGCCCUGUUACAACUCUUCAGUAUAGUACUGCAUGAAACAGUAUAUUGUGUAGGGCAUUAUGGAUAUUUACAGUAUGUCAGACAUGUAAAGGCUUUAUUAAGGAAAGUGUUAACCAGAUUAUCUUUGUAUAAUGAUGAUACCGUUUCAUUUGUUCCUUUGCAGGGGACUCUGCCAAUCCACCAGGUAAGUCUUCUAUUUUUAUUUUAAAAAUCCCCCAAUACUCCACAGCAAGACAUGGCUACUGUGUCACCAUGGUGAUCAUGACCUCAUUGUAGAGUGUGAGGUCAUCUGAUGGCCUUGUUGUUGUUGACAGGGUUCAAUGUCUUCAACGUGUCCUUGGGCUGGAAGAACCAGGGGUCUGGAGGAGAGGGACUGAGACAGGUGAGAGGGUGUGCGUGGGCUCCAAAUGAAGAAUUGGUACAUUUGUGUGUGUGGAACACAAAAAGAGCUACAGGGCCAUGAGUUUUUCCAGACCACAUGACCUGACCAGGGAUACCAGUCCAGAAAUGGAAAGGAAAAACUCUGGAUCCUAGGAUUGCGUGUGUAAAUUUAUGAUGGCUGAGUGAGGUUUGCUGCUGGUGUGAUGUAAUGAUGUGAUGAUAUGUUUAUAUAAAAAUGAUGACAAACUGCUCCAUCCUACAGCUGGAGGAGAUUCUGUCAAUGGGCUUCCAGAACAAGUUCUACAACGCUGUGAUGAAAGGGCAGAUGCAGGGCUCAGGUCUGGAUGAGUACAGGAUCAACGUGUCCAGUGACACACCCCACUGGUACAUCAGAGACUACCUGACCCGCGUCAGUGCUUACUACAGCAUCAAAACCGCUGAAGUCGGAGGUAAAACAAUCAUGGGGUGAAUGCAUUUCUCUGUUGAACUAAACUGUAUAGUCACGAGUUAUCAGACUGAGAAUUGAUUGUAAUAGUAGUAGAAAAUGUGAUUAUCCCUCAGGGCAUUGACAGGUGGCAGUGCAGACGCUCAUCAAACUGUCUAAUGUAAAACAAUGCUCUCAGGGGAAACAUAACAUUAACCACAUAUUGCACAUUGUAAUGGCAACAAUGGUGAUUACGAUUAAUGCAGUUGUCAGAGAUGCAGUCCAAAGUCGGUGUUUGCCAGCAAGAAUUGAGAUGGGUUUUGUAUUACAAAUUGUUGGUUGGUAACACCGUUCCAAACCCACUCUCUUAUCAUCUCUCUCUCACAGACUUGGAUGAGUGUAAAUCAAAUGAGGCUGUGUGUAGGCCACCUGCCCUUUGUGCCAACACCUACGGAGGGUACAGGUGUGUGUGCAACGGUACCACCGACGUCGACGACACCCAAUCCUGCAUUUUAGGUGAGGCUGUGGGAAAAUAUGGGUUAUUGACCAUUUUAACAUUUUAUGCAAAUACCCAGGGUCCGAUGUUUUUUCUGGUCAUUUCACGUCGUAAUUUCAUACUAUGGUCAUGGAAAGGUUUCCACUAAGCAUGCAUUCUCUGAACCCAGAACCAAAUGCACUGGCCAGCUACUCAAUUUUGUUAACAUGGGAACUGACCAAUAUUUUUUUGGGGGCCCUAAGUAUGACAUAAUAAUGUGUUAAUGGCCUAUUAAACCUAACAUUCCACUGUUGGCCCUCUAUUUAGGCAUGGGUGGUUUGAACAGGACGGGGAUAGCCGUGGCCAAGAUGGCGGAGGAUAAGAAGCCCCUGAUCCUGGGCCUGGUUUUGGGCAUCGGGAUCCCUCUCCUCCUCCUACUGUCUGCCCUCGCCUGCUUCUGCCGCUCCCGCAAGAAGACCAUCACAGGAGAGUGAGUACCAUGAAUACCCUCACAGACAGUAACAUGGUGUAUGCAACAUUCACACAGACGUAAUGGUAUAUAGUAUCUUCAGAAAGAUACUGUAGAUACUGUAACCACAAUAUAACCAAGGGAGUGUCUUUUCUACAGUAACAGAUGCAUAGUUUACCCUCAGUUAAGAUACAUAAUAUAAUAAAUAUAAUAUGCCAUUUAGCAGACGCUUUUAUCCAAAGCGACUUACAGUCAUGCGUGCAUACAUUUUUGUGUAUGGGUGGUCCCGGGGAUCGAACCCACUACCUUGGCGUUACAAGCGCCGUGCUCUACCAGCUGAGCUACAGAGGACCGUUUACCAUUAUUGCAAUAGAACUACAAGGCAGUACAUAGUCACAAAAAUACAAGUUUGGGUAGAAACACAACACAAAGUUCAUGAACCCACAACCACAAUAUACUAGCUAGAUACUAACUGCAUUGGUAAUCACAUCAAAUGCAAUCCACAGUAGUUCUCAGAAGCAGGACAAAACCUUAAUACUGUGUUGGUCUACCUGACCUCUGCAGGACAAUCGAGGCACAUCUGGUGUCCGUGUGUCCAUCAGCCCUGUUGGUGUAUUAUCUCCAUGUCUGCAGACUGCACUGCUAUAGUCUGCAGAUGUACAGCAUCUGGAGCAGGUGGCUUUGGACUAGAGACACGUAAUCCUGCAGAGUCCUGGACCUGCUUUACACUGUGGUUUACAGUAUAACUUAAGGGUCAUUCUAUUUUAUUUCACUUUUUGACCGCACCCCGUUUGAAACUUGCCAUACAUAUUUUCCCAUGGUAGAAGAGGUCAGAAAGUGACUUUUUGUACCUAAAUGCCAAAACAUUCCAGAGAUAGAGGUGCUCAAAGUUGACACAUUUUGCAUAUCCCUCUAUACCACGAGACAAGUCUUCAUCACUGGAAAAAAUGUACGGUUGAGCUUGAUAUAACUUAAACGCGUACAAACAGCGUGAAAUGUGUAAACUCUGUUUUUUUUCCGCAUAUGUUGUAGCUUAGACCCUAAUGUGCAUAAUCUGAGACGUUUGGGUUGUGCCCACCAUCGGUUGAGACAGCUCUUGAAUACAGGGUGGGUGUCAUUUCAAUCAUAGAAAUAGAAUGGACCUGUCCCUUCAGACCACUGCAAUUUAGCUGAUACACUAUUGAAAUGUUGGUAACACUUUACUUUUACUUUACACGGUCAUAACCAUGUCAUAAUAAACUAUAUAUACAAGAGUAUGUGGACACCCCUUCAAAUUAGUGGAUUCGGCUAUUUCAGCCACACCCGUUGCUGACAGGUGUAUGAAAUCGACCAUACAGCCAUGCAAUCUCCAUAGACAAACAUUGGCAGUAGAAUGGCCUUACUGAAGAGCUCAGUGACUUUCAACGCAGCACCGUCAUAGGAUGCCACCUUUCCAACAAGUCAGUUCUUCUGCCCUGAAUUUCUGCCCUGAUAGAGCUUCCCCGGUCAACUGUAAGUGCUGUUAUUGUAAAGUAGAAACAUCAAAGAGCAACAGCGGCUCAGCCGUGAAGUGGUAGGCCACACAAUCUCACAGAAUGGGACCACCAAGUGCUGAAGCGCGUAGCGCGUAAAAAUCGUCUGUCCUCAGUUGCAACACACUACCGAUUUCCAAACUGCCUCUGGAAGUAACGUCAGCACAAGAACUGUUCGUCGGGUGCUUCAUAAAAUGGUUUUCCAUGGCCGAGCAGCCGCACACAAGCCUAAGAUCACCAUGCCCAAUGCCAAGUGUCGGCUCGAGUGGUGUAAAGCUCGCCGCCAUUGGACUCUGGAGCAGUGGAAACGUGUUAUCUGGAGUGAUGAAUCACGCUUCACCAUCUGGCAGUCCAACGGACAAAUCUGAGUUUGGCGGAUGCCAGGAGAACGCUACCUGCCCCAAUGCAUUGUGCCAACUGUAAAGUUUGGUGGAGGAGGAAUAAUGGUCUGGGGCUGUUUUUCAUGGUUCGGGCUAGGCCCCUUAGUUCCAGUGAAGGGAAAUCUUAAUGCUACAGCAUACAAUGACAUUCUAGACGAUUCUGUACUUCCAACUUUGUGGCAACAGUUUGGGGAAGGCCCUUUCCUGUUUCAGCAUGACAAUGCACCCGUGCACAAAGCGAGGUCCAUACAGAAAUUGUUUGUCGAGAUUGGUGUGGAAAAACUUGACUGGCCUGCACAGAGCACUGACCUCAACCCUAUCUAACACCUUUGGGAUGAAUUGGAACGCCAACUGCGAGCCAGGCCUAAUCUAAUGGAAAGCCUUCCCAGAAGAGUGAGAUGUUCGACGACCAGGUGUCCACAUACUUUUGGUCAUGUGGUGUAUGUCAUAACAGUUGACAUAACUUGUCAUAACCUGUUAUAAUAUGGAUGGUUAUGGAACCUACAUAAGGGUGUCAAAACCCACAAAACCUACCACACAAGGCAAAACAUUCCAUUACACCAUAACCUAUGUGUCAACAGUAUGUUUAUGUUAUAUACACCUUUUUUUUAAAUUGACCAUAUUAAAUUAGCAUUGUAAUUGCACAUACAUUGAUCUCAGACAUGCACCUACCCCAAUGCUCUGUUGUUAAUGCCUGGGAUGAAUGCAGGAGCAGAUUUCAGGAACAGGACAAGACACCCUAUUUUUGACUGAUGACUGACAUAAGGGCAUGUACGUGAUAUAUGAUUAUGAUGGUCAUAAUACUUCUUGACAGUGUCAUAAAGUGUAUUUUCUACAAGUUAUUUAAAAUAUGAUGAAAAAAACAUGACCGUAAAGAAUUCAUUACAACAACAACAAAAGAUUUAAGAAACAAACUUUCAAACGAACAGAAACUUCUUGGCAGGGAUAAAACUAAUUUGAAUAAAUGUGGGUUUUGACACUCUUAAGUAGGUGUCAUAACCAGCCAUAAAAUAACGCAAUAUAUGUCACAACAGGUGUAAAUAUAUGGGUCAUGAAAGUGUUAUGAUGAUGAUAUUAUGACAGGUUAUGUCAGCUGUUAUAAACUGUUAUGACACUGGGUGUCAAGUAAAGUGUUACUGAAAUGUUAACUUCCGAUUACUACCACAUAGAUGACUGCCGGUCCACCCACUGUCGAAUGUCAAAUUAAAUGGGAAUGUCUAUUCUAUUAUCUAUAGUUCUAUGAUGGAAGAUUGACUGUAUAAUUUAAAACAACUGAUCUGAGUUUAUACAUUUUAUCAACAACAACAACAAAAAUAAUGAACCUCUAUCUCCUGAAUGUUUUGCCACCACUUCUACCAUGGGCAAAUAUAUAUGUAUAGAAUUCAAAUGGAACGACCCGUAUACCCUAUGGACUUAAUGCUUGGGGAGGUCAUUGGGGAUAUUGUAGGAUUGGGUUAUUAUAAUGAUAGGAAAUAGGCCAUUGUCGCAUGGACACACAUAGGGCUAUUCAUCUGAUAGAGAUUAUGCAACCUAUUUGGAUUAUGUCUGUUACUCUGUAUCCAUGUCUAAUGGCAUUUUUAAGUCUGUACUGAGUGUGCCAAAUGUAAGUGUUACUGUUGGACAACUCUCAUUCCUUUGUGUUGUUUCUGUGCAGAAUUCCUCAAUUUUUACCAGAAUAUGUUCAGGAGCAGUACAACCCUCCGCCCUACAACUACUCGGACCCGGCUCUACACUACAACGGCCACGUCAGCCCGCGCGUCAUAGACAACCUUACACCCAGGAAGCAUCGCAGUACAAACUUCACACACGCUUAA